AGGCUCCUGUUUCUGAUCAGUUUGGCAUUACAGACAAUUCAAUUGGGAAAUAGUCAUCCAAGAGAGAGACACAGGAAUAGAGAAGAAAUUCACAAUGUUACAGCUCAGAAGUUCCAGCAGAAAACAUUCCACUCGCCCUUGGACGAUGUUCGAACAGUGAAUAGUAGCUCAGAUGGCUGGAGGCUGCAGGGUUCACGCAUCCACUCCCAGAGUCACCAGGAAAGUGAGCCCCAGCCCCGGCGCUGUUGCAGGAACGGGGGCACCUGCGUGCUGGGCAGCUUCUGCGUGUGUCCCGCGCACUUCACCGGCCGCUACUGCGAGCACGACCAGAGGCACAGCGGCUGCGGCGCCCUGGAGCACGGAGCCUGGACGUUCGGCGGCUGCCGCCUGUGCCGCUGCGUCUUCGCCGCGCUGCGCUGCCUGCCCCCGCGCGCGCCUGGCCGCUGCGACCUGCACGACUUUCUGGCCUCCCGCGCUGACGGACUGAGCUCGCCUGACUUGCUGAGUUUCC